UGCUUAAUUCGGUUAAUGCAGAAUGCCACAUACUUCCUAUCAGAGGUAUGGACAAAUGAAGAAGUUGUAAGGGAAAGUUUAGGUGUUCACAAGGGAACAGUUCCAUCAUGGCUACGAUGUGAUUUCGAUAUACCUUACACAAUGGAAAUUGCCAGUGCAGUGGAUGAUCAUUUAGCAUUGAUUACUAAAGGAUACCGGGCCAUGAUCUACAGUGGCGAUCAUGAUAGUAAAAUAUCUCAUGUUGGCACCCAAGCAUGGAUCAGAAAACUUAGCCUUCCCAUCACAGAUAAUUGGCGACCAUGGUAUGUGGAAGGCCAAGUUGUAGGGUUCACAAGAACUUACUCCAACAAUCUGACAUUUGCAACUGUAAAGGGUGCUGGACACACAGCCCCGGAGUACAUGCCCAAGGAGUGUCUUGCCAUGAUCGAUAGAUGGCUCUCAGGUGAACCUCUUUAAGGGGUCGACUGAUGUUGGGUGCACGUGGAGGUUCUUAAUGUCAAUCGUAUA